GAAGUGACGAGAUUUUGAUUUGUUUUGAUUUCAUCGCUGACGUGUAGUUGUUUAAAAUUAGAUUUUGACACAUUUAUGAUGCAAGAAUCUCUGUAAAACUUGAUGAGUAGUAUGAAAAGAUACACUUGACACUCAAGAAUUGACGGUGGUAGUUAGGAACGAGAGGAUUCUUCACAUUUUAGCAUUAUCUUAUAUUAUCGCCCACUAGGCCUACUAAUAGAUGGAAAUAAAAUCGAAUAAAAUAAAACUAAAGUUGUCAGACUAAGACUCAGAGCUAACACAAUAAUAUAAGGCAGAUUUCAAAGUUGAUACCGUAUAGAAUUGAACAUGGAAGAAAUAUAUCUGUUUGGAAUACUUAUAUUUCUCAUUUGGUUUUUCUUUAUACGAGGAAGUAAGAAGAACAAGCCAGCUUCACCAAAUGCCAGUCAAAGUGGUGGAACAUUUAGUGGCUUUUUUCAGAGCUGUUCAAACUCAAAGCCGAAUAGUGUUAUGAAGUUGUAUGGUGCAACACAUAUCAACGCAAUUGCUGAUAAAUUCACAAGUAUUGACGAUGUGACUAAAGCUAUAAGAAAAGCUGGUUUAGAAUCAAGCAAUCUUAUAUUUGGUAUUGACUAUACCAUGAGUAAUGAAUGGCAGGGGAAAACAACAUUCCAGGGCAAGAAUCUACAUGAUAUGUCUAGUGGAGGUGCUAGCCCAAAUCCUUAUCAGCAAGUGAUUUCAAUUAUUGGGGAAACCCUCAGCCCUUUUGACGAUGAUGGAAUUAUACCAACUUUUGGAUUUGGUGAUAUUUCAACCAAAGAUAAGGCAGUGUUUCCUUUCAGACAAGAAGGCUAUUGCAAUGGAUUCCAUGAUGUGCUAGCAUCUUAUAAUCAGUUGACUCCUUCAGUUAAGCUCAGUGGUCCAACUAACUUUGCACCACUCAUCCACCAGGCAAUCCAAAUUGUGCAACAAACAAAAUCAUACCACAUUCUGAUUAUCGUAGCUGAUGGACAAGUAACGAGUGAGAAACAGACAAUAAAUGCAAUAGUUGAAGCAUCAAAAUGGCCGCUUUCGAUAAUUAUGGUUGGAGUCGGUGAUGGACCAUGGGACAUGAUGCGUGAAUUUGACGACAAACUACCAACUAGAAAAUUUGACAAUUUUCAGUUCGUUGAUGCAAAUGGUGUAUUUCAGAACUAUAGGAAUAAAGAACCAGCAUUUGCUCUCCAUGCACUCAUGGAAAUUCCAGAUCAAUUUAAAGAAAUAAAAAAACUGGGAUUGUUGGAUUUGUAAUUUUAUAAACGCAUUAUUUUUGUAUAUUGUACUGUAUAUGGAAGAUUUUGUAGAUUUUGUCAGUGAAAUAAAUGAUAUUUUGUAUUAUUUACUAUUCCUAUUUUGUAAAGGAGGUAAAUAUAUAUUCUUUGUAUGUCUCUUUA